AUGUCAUCUCUCAUCCCCAAGCACCUCCCACGCACUCUCCUCCGCGCAUCCGCCAAUCUUUCUCCGUUACGCACUAUCAGUUCCCAUACGCAACGAACUCUCACAGCGGGAUUCUCUACACAGACACCAGUUCCAAAACCCACUUCUGCACAAUUUCCACAGCGCACAUCAAUACGCCCCCUUUCACCACCGCAAAGUUCUCACUUCAGAAAGAGAAACUACGCAACCGCCACCCCCGCAGACGCAAUAAUCGAAGAUCUAACGGAACAAUAUGGCGUUGCGCGUGAUGAAUUUGAGAUAGCAAGCGAAGAAACCGACAAACACUCCGUCUACGCGGAAGCCGACCGCGCCGCUGCAGUCGAAGAAUUGCAGAAAUUGAAAGAUAUGUAUGACGCUGCGAUUGAGGGGGAAUACGGAGAGGAAAUUAAGCGACGCGUGGGAUCGAGGGUGAGGGAGUUGGAGCAGGGGGUUAGGGCGUUGGAGGAGAGAGCGUUGGAGGAUCAUUAGAUGGGAUUGGAUUGGAUUUGUGGAGGUGGGGAGGGGGAGUUUGAGGACUUGGGAUGGGAUUUGAGCGAGCAAGCAUAAGGAAAACUUUCAUGGUGGAUUCUUGGUUUGGGGAUUGAGAAAAGAGGAGGAGGUUAUCAUGGCAUCGGAAUUGGAAUUGCGGAUACCAAAAUUAUUGCAUAGAGGAGGUGGCAGAUAUUAUAGGAGGUUUGAAUGAGCGACGAAUAUACUUGCCCUUCACUAGUUGUCAUUGUUCAUGAUGGAAGACACAUUAGCCCACCACAUGCUUUUUUAGAUAUUGAUGCGUGCUGGGUGCAAAAAUAUAUCAAUGUUAGGGUAGGUCAUGAUGCCUGAAGAGCUCACCAGAGACAAGACAAUUUAUUAAAUCAGUCAAUUCAUACCAU